AUGAAGUCAACAAUAUUCCUGGAUACCUGUUCGGAGGUCUUAGAUCGAAUAGUAUUUCACCUAAUUCAAGAGUCCCCUGAACAUCGGUCUCAUAAUGUACCUGAGCAUUGCAUGAUAUCCGAUGCAGAAAAAUAUCCUCGCCUGGCAUAUCGAGAUCUUCUCAACUUAUCAUUAACAUGUAAGCUUAUGCGUCGACUUCUCGGACCUCGACUCUUUGGUCAUGUUAGUACUGUACGUCGUUAUGAAUGCUGUGGUCCAUAUAAUUCCUCUGGUCUUUCAUUUAUGGAUAUGGCAUCCCCCAACCUCUCAAUUGAAGAACUCGAGACAACUUCUUCUUAUUUGACGGAUAGAGUCCGUGCCUUAUUAGCCAAGAGAAGCUCAAUCUCGUUCAAUAACUACGUUGAGUGUCUUGAAGCCGAUACUGUCUUUGUCGCCCUGACUCCAAUAUCACAUUUGUUCCCCAAGUUGCGUGGCUUAAGAUUGAUUGAGUUCCAACCUGCCUUUAGAGGUGCCAGCAACGAUCUGAUUCCCAAUCUUGAGUAUCUUUGUGCUUCAGUAGCAGACAUAACACAUAAUCCAGUGUUAUAUAACUCAUUGGAGUUCAUCAACCGAUUAGACGUCUUCCUUGAUAAGCCUGAAGCCGGUACUUAUACCGAUUUCGUAUCUCAAUUGAAAAAUAUCACUGAUGUGAAUAUAUAUAUUCCUGAGAACGUUCAAGCUGUGGAGCACAUUCAAUUUCGGACAUUUAUAGAAGCAAUCCCACUGUCAUUGGUAUAUUUGGCACUCAGAUCAGAUUAUGUGAUGGCAGACCCACAAUUAAAAGCUUUUAUAAAUUUGGUUAACAACGUUUGGGUUAACUUAGAACACUUGAAACUACCACAUCAAUCAUUACUAGCCAUGAGGUCUGUUUAUGAUGAUAUGCGGCCGAUUGCAGGACUAAUUUCUCGCCAAAGGAGAACAGGUUUAACACUUACACUUAGUCGCAGAUACGAUCGAUUUAAAUUCAACCAUGGUUGUGUGGCAUGGUUUGCCAUGAUUACCGGUACUGUAUGUUUACGGCUUGACUUUGAAUUAUCGCCGACGCUUUCAUGGCCACGUAAUUGUGAUACACUUCAAGUGCUACUCUCGUAUUUGUCGCUUAUGUGUAAUUAUCAAGGUGUCAUCUUAGCACUGAUGGCUUGUAUUUGGUCACGCUCUGACGAAAAAUUAUUGAGUCAAUUUGUUGAAAAAGAGAUCCAAUUGAUGCUGGUAUCAUCAGGAACUCUUACUCCUAUUCUGGGUUCUUUGCGGAACCUUCACCUGUGGUCGCGACUCCCACUUAAUGACCCAGAUUUUAUGCGCGAACAAUAUUAUACCAUCUCGUAUGGGAGACCUGAUCUGCAAGAGUUUUUCCGGCAAUGGCGUAAGUUUCUUGAUGGGGGAGCAUUCACCACUCACGACACACUCUCGUUCCUGAGUGUGGGCGCAGAAGAAUUAAUGAGCAAACCAGGUGAUUUUGCCGUAUGGGACAUUCUAACUAAUACCGUGGGUCGUAGUGGCGGUGGCAGUAACAUUUCAAUUGAAGAAGUUGAGUUUCUAACAACACUGCGAUCGUUUGGGUAUAAAGAAGGCUUUUUGGGCCAUAACAAGGGGCUAAAGAAAAAGUUGCGUAAGCUUUUAGGAAGGUAA